GCAAUAACGGCGUAGCGCUUUCCUUUAUCAUUUUCAAUGGUGGUAUUUUUCAUUCUUUGCUAACAGAAUACUGGGUUAGUUGCAAAGAGAUGAUGGUCGUUGAUUUACAAUCUACAGUAAUUUUGAACGACGGGCAAAACUCAGCGAAUACGUAAUUGGAUAAAGCGGCUAUGUAUUCCGAAGGGAUGACAUUAAUUGGAAUGCAGUAUUAGAUAGUUAAACAACAUCUUCAUUGUUUCGACGAACCUUCAUAACAAACGCGUCUUCGCGACUAAUGACGUUUACGAAUAAAAAUAACGCAAAUAUAGUGCGUAAAACUGUCACAUGAUUUUGAAGCCUGCAUGAAAAAGUAAUAUAAUUUUUUUUGACGAUACAUGUAAUUUUAACGACCUAUUAACCGGAAACAAUCAAAUUUUUCACUGAGGAAUGUCUCCAUUACCAAGCUAGUGUGCGUAGUCCGCAUGCCCAGACCGGGCUUUAAAACAGAAACUUUCUGUCGUUAACCUCUUACCUUAUUUUACUAACCCCCUCAAGCAGAAACCUAUGGUCAAACUUCUUCAAUCGUUAGCUGCACUAUCAGCAGCCACCCUCGCAGCAGCCACUCCAGUCUACAGAAAGCAAGACGCAGGUAGUGGUGUUUUGAGAGGUGUUAACAUUGGUGGAUGGUUGUUAAUGGAGCCUUUUAUCACUCCAUCCGUAUUCGAUAACACAUUAGAUGAUAAAAUCGUAGACGAAUGGACCUUUGGUGAAAGACAAGAUGAAGAAGUCGCAACUAGGGCAGUUAACGAUCAUCUUGAGACAUUCAUCACUGAAGACGAUUUCGCUCAAAUACGUGCGGCUGGUUUGACUCAUGUCAGAAUCCCAGUACCACACUGGGCAUUCGAUAAGCGUGACUUUGAGCCCUUCAUUGUUGGUAACAGAGUAGAAAAGCUUAGAGAAGCAUUGAAAUGGUGUCGCGACUACGAAUUGAAGGCAUGGAUUGAUCUCCACUCCGCUCCAGGUGGUCAAAAUGGUUUCGAUAACGACGGUCAACUCCUUGACAAGCCAGCUUGGCACACAAAUCAAGCUCAAGUUGAGAGAACUCUCUACGUCAUCCAAGAAAUCAAGAACGAAUUCGCAACACCAGAAUACGAAGAUGUUGUUGAAGCUAUUGAAUUACUCAACGAGCCAGCAACCUUCGCAGAUGAAGGUAUGAUCCCAGUCUUAAAGAACUACUACCAAUCUGGUUUUGAUAUCAUCGAUGGUGAUACUGAAGUUGUUCUUCACGACGGUUUCAAAGAAGACUCACACUAUUGGGAUGGUUUCUUAGAUGGUACUCAACUCGAUGUUCACAGAUACCAAGUCUUCUCACCGGAUGAACUCAAGCGCACUGAUGAAGAGCGUAUUGCUACCGCAUGCUCCUACAAACAAACACUCCAGGAAGUCACUGACCAACACCACUUCGCCGUCGUCGGUGAGUGGACAGCAGCCAUUACGGACUGCACACCAUACCUCAAUGGUCGUCUCGUCGAAGGUGCACGUUUAGAAGGUCAACACUCAUCUUCUGACGAGUAUAUCGACACCUGUGAAGGAAAGACCGGUGACGGUAGCGACUGGACAGAGGAAUACAAGGACUCCUUGCGUGUCUUCUGGGAAGCUCAAGUUGAUGCUUACGGAGAGCGCUACUUCUUCUGGACAUGGAGAACAGAACUUGGUGCUGACUGGUCAUACCAGCGUCUCCUUGAACUCGGCGUCAUUCCUCAAGACCCAACUGACUUUACCCCAAGAUGCUUCUAAGGCAACGCAAAUUUCAGGAAUCCUUUAAUCAAGCUUAGGUAAUUAAAUUAUUUUGCCAUUAUUAGAAGGUGUAAUAACAUAAAGUAAUCAUAAACACGAUAGAAUUAUAAACUGUGAUUGAUAUUUGAAUUCCGCCAUACAAAAAUAGUUCAAAUCUAUGAUGCACCUAAUCCGAGACGCGAGUUCUUAAUGACGGCUGCAACUGGCGCUUCCAAACCCUCACCAGAUUGUCCCAUUUUCUGACCAUGGUUCCAACCCAUCAUGGCCAACAACUUGUAACCGACAGACUAUAGGUGGUUUAAAGAGAAUUUUUUUCAUAAUAAAAUGUAACAUACCUCUUGCCCAAUUGGUUUGGCUUCAUGUCCCACAAUUGUACCUUCCCUAUGUGGCAUCAUCUUUGGUUUGGCUGCUUGCCCGCUCUUCCUUUCUACCUGAGCGGCUUUACGAGCAAGAUGAAGGGUCUUAUAGAAGUUACCAAUACCACCUUUAUCACAAGCUUUGGCAGCUUUGUUGACAGCAGCGUAAUCGAUAUUUUUACCACUUCUUGCAGUCUUCAAAAGCAUAAUGUGUCUACCAACUCCUUUACCGGUCGACUUGGACUUCAAAUUGUAGGUUUCCGCCAGCAUAUGUAUCUGUUUCCUUGAUUUGUUAUCCAUAGGAGGCAACUUCAUCAUUUUUCUCUGUGGAACAUCGACAAAUGAUUGAAUUUCGGUGUUGAUAGUCUGGACAUUGUAGUAAUCAGGUAAGAAAUCAUCAUCAGAUAGUUCAGCAGCCGCUUUGAUAGCUCUGGCUUGCAUUUUCUUUGCUUUUUUGCCUUUCGUUUUAGUGUAUGGUGAUAGAGCAUCCGCCAUUCUGAUCUGCUCUCUCACCUUCUUUUUCUCAGCUUUGCGAACUCUAUCUUGAUCCCAAAGUCUUUGCAGUUGUGGUGGUACCUUGGAUUUCUUUUUCUUUGAACCUUGGAUGAUAUUAUCAGUAUAAAAAAAAUUAGAUAUGAAAUUACCACCUACUUGUUGGGAAGAUAAUAUCACUUGGGUCAAUAGCAAAGUCAUCUUCUGAAUCGUCACCGUAGACAUCACCGUAAUCAUCAUAUGAAUACUUUCCUUGACGUGAAGCUUGACGUGAAGAUGAUGACCUCGCUUUCUGGAUGUCUUGUCUCUUAUUCUCGAUUAUAGCGGCUAACUCAUCCAAGUACUGUUCUUCUUCAUCCCACUUAUUAUGCUUUCCUUCAAAGUCAUCAAAUUCUAGCAACUUAUCGAAAUCAUGGAAAUCGUCAGCCUUCUUUUUACCUUUACCUUUACGGCUGCGUUCUGUGACAAUACCUUCCUUCUUCGCUGCUUUAGCACGAGCUCUACCAAGUUCAUAAGCUUCCUCUGACGAUAAGCUUGAAUCUAAAUCGAUCUCAUUGUCAUCGAUAUCAACAUCAACACUGUCAUUAUCUGAGAAUCCAAAUUUGAAAUUUUCUUCCUUCUCAAAUUCUGAAUCAAAUUCCACUGAAUCGACUGAUGAUCCAUCAUCCCAUUCUUCUUCUUCGACAGCCUCUUUACGAAGGCGUUUGUCAAUUUUCAAAUCAGUAAUUGAGUUCUGAUUUCUUGACAUAUUGUCAACAAAUGAACGUAAAGCUGAAUCAUCAGCUCCAAAUGGUCCAGCUGCAGCUUCACCACCGGAAUCAUCAUCAUCGCUGUCAUCCUGUCUAGAAUUCUCCAACCAAUCUGCGACGAUUGCAUCAUCUAUUGUCUGCUUCUUUGGUUUGCUUGUCUUCUUAGAUUGGUUAUUCUUUGGUUCUGGUGGACCAUCACUACCCCAUUCAAGGUCGGAAUCACCAACGCGUGGUUCGAGAGGUUCUUCAGGUGAAAUUUUAUUCUUGUUCUUUUUGUUCUUCUUCUUAUCCUUUUUGUUAAAGUUAGGAGAGAAGGUGAAGUCCUCAAAUGAUGGUUUGUUACCUGAAGCGAACAUCUGUCCGAGUUGUUGAACAUUCUUAAAUAGAUUGUCAUUUUGCAUUGCUUUGAACAUCUUACUGUUUUUUGUUUCUGGUACAUUUGACAAUACAGGUUCUUCAACUUCUACAAUCUCGCUCCUUGAGAAUGAGUGAUGAGGAUUUGCUUCAAUAUCCACAUCCUCAUUGUUUUCAACCCUUUCGUCUAAAACUAUUGCAGUUGCUUCAUCUUUUGGUUUCAAUGAAUCAGGUAUUUCGGAAGGUUUUGAGUCAAUAAUGAACAAAUCAUCAUUUGCAAUUGAAUCCUUAUCAGAAAUGAUUUUGUCAUCACUUGCAGCAAAUUCCUCGUCAGAAAGCACCUUAUCAUCAUCCCUCGUCAUAUUUGGUUCAGUUACUGUUUGAAUGCUCGUAUCAGCAUUGCUCAAAUCAAGUAAGUUGGCUUCAAUUAAGCUUUCAUCUGCAUCGUUAGAUUCGUCGAUGUUCAAUCUUGAAAUUGAUGGGAGAGAACUAUCAGGAUUGUUUAUUUCAAUAUCCUCAUCUACCUCUACUUCUUCUCCUGCAGUAGACGUAGAUUCGCCAGUUGAUGAUACUGCUGAUGAAACGACAUUGCUUGUAUCAAAUGCACUGGUCUCAAAAGUGCUAUUGUAAAUGCUUUCUUCUUCCUCUACGGCGGUUGUAGCCUGCGUCUCAUCUUGUGUUUCAUCGACGUCAUCGCCCUCUUCAGGACGUUGUUCGGUUGGAAUCUGAACAAAUACAUCCUCAGCAUCCUUGGUUUCUGCUGCCAUUUUUAUAUUACUCAGAUCCAUAUCCUUAUCCCAUGUACUCGUUCCCUUAACAAAAGAAAUCGGUUGUAAGAGUGGAUUUGCGGAUUGGUCGCCACCUUUAGAUUUUCCUUUAGCUAAUUUACGCUCAAAUAAUGCAGCUUCCUCUUCUGGCGAUUUCCUCACGUAACCUAAACCUUUAUGACCGUUUUUGUUCGGUCUACCUUUUGACGCAUUCAUAAAGUAAGGCAUGUGCUGUUUUAUACCAGCUCUCUCCUUCUUUGAAGCUGUAGGCGCAUCCUUUUGUACGUCAACACUUGAGUAUUUC